AUGCUACAGAUUCCCUCCUCAGGACUUCCACAACAUUUGGCCGAUCUUCCGGAUGGCUUGGAUAUUGUGCAGCUUGAGCGACUGGUGUAUUGUCUGAGUCAGCGGGCAACUCUUUCUAGCCAACCUAAGGAUAACCAAGACAGAUACAAAUGGUUUUUAUUUCACUACUCCAGAACUCAGGAGCCAACACAUCCAGUUAAAACUGGGUUUCCUCCCGUGCAUCCUUUAAUGCGCCUGGCUGCCAAGCUCGCCAACAGACGGAUGACAAGAUUUCUGCAGCCAGGGUCAGGGGCUGCUGCAGUCCACUUUACCAAGAAGGAUUAUGCUGCCACCCUGGGACGGCCAUUUUUCCUUUUCAGGCCAAGAAAUGGAAGAAACAUUGAAGACAAGGCCCAGUAG